UAUCGUCCAUGUUAUUUCAGUUAAAUCUGUUCUUUGACUGUGACGGUUUCCAUAUUUCAGCAAUGCAUCCCAUUCCACUGGCCCGCUCCACCCGGACAUACAUAGACGAUCUCCCCGUUGAAAUUAUGGAUCGGAUAAUGAGCUACCUCCCGUUGGCCGACCGUAAAUCCGCCUCACUGGUAUGCUACCGCUGGUCCGAGCUAGCUUUUUCUUUCUGCUAUCUUGCUAAUGUUCGGCUUAGAUUGAAGGAACAAGAGAUGAUGAUGAAGCUCAAGAUUGUCGAUGUACUGCAGAACAGCUGGAGAAGUUACCGGAACGUGGCGUUGGAUUUCGGAAACAGUGGAGUGGACGUGGUGUUGAUUCUUGUGAUAUUAUCAAAGUUCAGUAAAUCAAUUGAAGUGUUCGGUACGCAGCCGUUAUUCACGCCAUGGCAGCUGAAGGAAAUGCUCCAGCGGAUGCCGAAACUGAAGCAACUUACGGUGAACGUCAUCAGUGAAGGUGAGUGUUAUGUGAAGCCGCAUGAGUUCCCGGUGAUGGAGGACCUGCUGGACAUCAGGACCACGGAUGCCAUUUUCGAUAUUCCGGACAUGAAUGCUCUAAAACUGAUGCCGUCGGUGCAGAACUUGAGCGUUUAUUUUCAACGGAACGUCACGGAAAAUGCCUUCACAGCCCUAUGUUCUGUAUCGCCGCAAUUGAAAACGUUGGAAGUGUUCGCGGAUUUCAGUCGAUCUCCUAUCGAGAUGCUGAACCUACAGCAACUGGAUACUCUCAAACUUUGGGGAACGAACGCCUUCAUCAACAACGACGCACUGAAACAACUCUUCAUGGGCAUUCCCUUGUUGAGUGUGUUGUUUCUUCAUGUGCGUAUGACGACAUCCCUGUUGGAAGUGAUUUGCAGCCACUGUCCACUGUUGACUAGUUUUGGUUUCAUAGCAGAUCGGAUGGACCAAAUGUCGCUUUGUGCUCUGAGCAAGUUAAAGAACUUGAAGAUUCUACUCAUCGAUGGCUGCCUGAAGUAUUAUAUGAUACACGGAUGUAAACCUUUACCGACAGUGGAUACUUUCUGCAUGUACUGGCACAAGAAACACAUUGACCUGGAGCGGUUCGUCAAGCAGCUGCACUACAUGCUGCCGAACGUACGAAUCCUCAAAGUGAUCGGUACUCGAAGUAAGCAGAUGGACAACCCCCUGAUCCAUCAUAUUGGAAGACUGUUUACCAAAGUCAAAAAACUUACCGUGGCGGAUUUUGUGUUUCCACGCGAGAUCCGAAGUCCGGAUGAAUGUUUCGAUUGGGUUGCAAAUUUGGGAAACGUGGAACAGCUCAUUCUCAGCACGAUGCGGUUGAAGAAUAUUGAUUGCCUUCGAGGUAGUGAUAAAGUUCGAAAACUCAAGCUGGAACACUUGAACUAUUUGCCGGGGAAUAGCUUAGUGCUGCUGGCGAGCCUAUUUCCCAGACUGAAAUCUUUGAAAAUCAAUAGAUGCGCGCUAAUUACUGCCAAAGAUAUAAAAACGGUGCAGCGAAUGAUGCCCAAAUGCACAAUGGGUUUUGUUGAGCGGAAGAGAUGAUUGUUAAGAUGUAAUUUAUUAUUUAAUAUGUAAAUAGUUUAACAUUAUUAGACCAAUAAAUUCUUUAUUUCUUGUUAUCACUUA